AAAAUCAAAUUCAAUGUUGAAAAAAUUUGAAUCGUGAAUUCGUGAUUACUUACUGAUUUUUUGAAAAUUUGUAAAGAAAAUUUCUAAAGAAAGUUCAAGUAUGGAUUUUACGUGUGUUACAACUCUACCGGUUGAAAAUAAUCCGAAUUCGUUUUACAAAGUGAAAGUAGAAUGUUCAGGGAAGAGUAUUUCUAUGAUUGUCUUUGAUAACAAUACAGCAUAUAAAGGAGAAAUUUCUUCGAGUUACAUCUCCGAUCAAAGUAAUCUAUUAAACCUGUCCGAGAAGGAGUAUAUUGAAGAACUGCGGAAAGCCUUUCUAACAUCAUCUUCAGAAUUUUCGUACAGCAUAGCCGAAGAUAACUUUUACUUGAAAAAAAGCAUACAAACUAAUUCGGCCAAUUCCAUAAAAAUAAAAUUUACCAGUAUAAAACUUGAUAAAGUUGAUUUUCAAACAUCGAUUCUCGCUGUGCUGGAUGCAACUUUGAAUGAAAAUAAUCAAUACGUGAAGAAAAUUGAUGAAUUACAGUCGUUGAAUGAAGCUUUGAUGAAAGGUAACGAGUCACUUCUGGAGCAGAUGAAACGGUUUCAAGCUGAUAAAAAUAAUAUGGAGAGUAUUCUAUAUUAUCGUUUUCUCAAUUUACUAAAUUCGAAGAAAAAGAAAAUCAACGAACUGAAGGGAAAGUUGGGUGUGAAGAUGGAUGAAGAUACAGCUUCAGAAUUUGAAGAAGAAAUGGAGCUGAACGAUGAAGGUGUAGAAAAUGUUUACGAUGCCGAUACAGAUUUGGAUGAAGAAAUUGAAAAACAAGUAGAAACAGCGAAGGACGAAUGUCUCAGAAAACCUGUCGAGGAAACUAAACAAAAAGAAGAAUCAAAAAAAUUCCAGAAACUAGGCGAAAAUUCUAAAGGGAACUCGGGCAGUUCUAAACCUAUGAGUAUAUUCGACCGAUUGAGUAUUUUGGAUCCCACUAUACCGUUUGAUCCUUAAUACAAUAUUAUGAUGAUGUUGAUUCAUUUUAUACUUCUUUGAUUCUGUGAUAUAGUCUAAGUAUCGUGUGAACACCAAAAGUGAAAAAUAAAAAUUACGUAUUAAUAACAA